CAUGUCAUUUACUAAUUUCCAGCUUUUCGGUAAAGCUUGGCAACAAUGUCUGAAGAAGGGGUUUAUGGUGGGGAGGCACUGGCUAAUCGUGUGGAAGAGGAUAACGAGCUGCAUAAUGUAGAAGACGAGAAUGGUGGGAAUCUUAUCGAGGAGAAUGGAUUACAUGAUGGAAAUAAACAUACUUAUUACAGCCAUGAUCAACUUGAAGAGACUGUGGUAGAACUUAGUUUCCAGAAUGAAUAUUUGAAGUCUCAGUUUGUGGAUAUGAAGAAUCACAUUCUUGAUUCUGGCGACCCUGAAAAACGAAAUAAAGCUAUGGAGCUAGACGAUUUGGCGUCCAAUGGUGAUGUCAGAGAGCUUCAUGAAAAAUUAGAAUCUUUGAAAAGAGAACUUCUAGAGGAAAGACAAACUCGGGGUGCUGCAGAGGAAGCUCUAAAACAUCUUGGAGCAGCACACUCAGAGGCAGAUACAAAGGUUCAAGAGCUUUCUGCCAAACUUGCUGAAGCUCAACAGAAGAUGGAUCAAGAAAUAAAAGAUCGUGAUGAGAAGUAUUCUGAGCUUGAUACCAAGUUCAACAGGCUUCAUAAAAGAGCAAAACAACGUAUUCAAGAGGUGCAGAAGGUAUUUUUUUACCUUUUCCUUAUGCUACUUUUAUUUAUAUCACUAUCUAAUAUUUUCAUAUUGCUUCUUCUUUUCCAUUAAGUAUUUCUGUCUUUUGGCAGGAUUUUUUGUGCUAGAACUAUUAUUAUAUACUGUUGAUCUUAUCAAUGCAUAAAACACUUAUUUAUUGUUUUUUACAGACAUAUCCUUGUAAGAACUGAAUAUUCUUUAUGUUCGGACUGCUAUAUUGUGAAGCAAAGGCUUGAAGAAAAUUGUCUACUGCAAUCACUUACUUGAAAUUAAUAUUUUUAUAUGUUAUUAAAUGACGCAACCUUGUCAGUUUGGUUUAUCACAUACUUCCUAUGCACUAUUAUUUUGCAUAAUCACUCAAGUUAUAGGUGGAAUAGUUUCACCAUUAAGUAGAUGGUUGCUUUAAUUAUCUAGAAUCUCAGCUCCUUGGUGUAAUCUGAUUUACCACUUGGUGAGAGAUGCUGCAAGCUGGUAGUUUCAAGGGAAAGGGAGAUUGUGUGUUUACAAUAAGAACCUGGAGG